AUCUUGGCUUAAAAAAAAAAAAGUAGUCGAUAAAUAGUGUAAUCUCUGUUGCCGAGAGUCUAAAAUAAACGGAAACGCACCUAAACAAACCCGACCCAUUGCAUUGGAUCUAGAAUCUAUAGACUAUUGUCACUGUAGUAGAUGAUUGAAGGAAAAAAAAUGCAUUAGUGAGCAAGAGGUAUGACUAAAGUGCAAUGGCCUCACCAUUUGUUGUACUAGGAAAAAGUGUGAUAUACACUGUAUCAGGCUUUAGUACCCUGUACUGUACUUUAAAGUUUAUUGGAGGAUUUGGAAGGUGCGAAGAUGUUUCAAUGGAACCUACAAUACAACAUGGUGACCUGGUUUGGAUAUCUCCUAUUUCAGUCAAUUUUCAACGAUUACAGAAAGGAGAUGUAGUAUUUUGCAAAUCCCCUAAGAGUCCAAAGGCAAUUAUCUGCAAACGUUUGAUCGGCAUGGAGGGGGAUACAGUGUUCAACGAUGAAAAAGGCUAUGAAGAAUAUGUGGACAAUGGUCAGAUCUGGUUAGAGGGAGACAACAAAGAUUACAGUAUAGAUUCUCGCAGUUAUGGACCUUUACCUUAUGGUCUGAUUGUUAGUAAAGUUGCUCUCAGACUCUGGCCACUUUCCAGAUUUGGUUUCAUUGAGCCAGGAAAACAGCCUGCCAAUUUAAAUGAACAGCCUGCCAAAUUAAAUGAACUGUGAUCUUACAAAGUAUUUAUUUUGAAAGUUAUUAUUCAUUUUCAACAUUUUGAAAAAUGUUUUGGUUUUAUAUUGUUACAUUAUACAUGGUUUGGUAAUAUAUUAUAAUUAUAUGCUAAAGUUUUUUCUGAUAUGACAGAUGUUUGGAAUCUGUUAGUCCAGUUCUUUACUAAACACCAUUCUUAGUCGCCUUUGGAGAUUUGUUAACUUGUGUUCAUGUGUUUGUUGGACCAGUAUGAGCUCAGAUAUUCGGUCAUUGGUGUAGUACAUUGGUCAUUCACAUUGAUAUGUAUGGUGGCAUAUAAUGAAAUAAAUAUGUUUGUAAAUA